UAGUGCAGCCGUCAGACAGGCUGCCAACCUGCACAGUCGCUCACUCGCAGCUCCAGUGCAGGGUGACCCACAGCCACCGGGCCGGCCAUGAGGGGCACGCCCCUGCUCCUCGUCUUUCUGCUUGCCCUGCUUCGGCGGCACGCCCCAGUUUGGUUUUUUUACCCCUCUGAGAAGAUACUACCACAGACCCAGUUGUGCAGACAAGCCCACAUUUCAGGAAGUGUCCCUGUUAAGGGGACUGCCGCCUGGCCAAUGCCGAGGAGAAGCUGAUGGAUGACCUCCUGAACAAAACCCGCUACAACAACCUAAUCCGCCCAGCCACCAGCGCCUCUCAGCUCAUCUCUGUCCAGCUGGAGCUACUACUGUCCCAGCUCAUCAGUGUGAAUGAGCGAGAACAAAUCAUGACCACCAACAUCUGGCUAAAACAGGAAUGGACUGACUACCGUCUGGCCUGGAACAGCUCCUACUAUGAAGGGGUGAACAUUCUGAGGAUCCCCGCAAAGCGUGUCUGGUUGCCUGACAUCGUGUUGUAUAACAACGCUGAUGGGACCUACGAGGUGUCUUUCUAUGCCAACGUCAUUGUGCGUUCCAAUGGCAGCAUCCAGUGGCUGCCCCCUGCCAUCUACAAGAGCGCCUGCAAGAUUGAGGUGAAGCACUUUCCCUUCGACCAACAGAACUGCACCCUCAAAUUUCGCUCCUGGACCUAUGACCACACAGAGAUUGACAUGGUCCUUAAAUCACCCACAGCCAUCAUGGAUGACUUUACUCCCAGUGGUGAGUGGGACAUUGUGGCCCUCCCAGGACGAAGGACAGUGAACCCGCUGGACCCCAGCUAUGUGGACGUGACCUAUGACUUCAUCAUCAAGCGCAAGCCGCUCUUCUACACCAUCAACCUCAUCAUUCCCUGCGUGCUCAUCACCUCGCUGGCCAUCCUGGUCUUCUACCUGCCCUCUGACUGUGGGGAGAAGAUGACACUCUGCAUCUCCGUGCUGCUGGCACUCACGUUCUUCUUGCUGCUCAUCUCCAAGAUUGUGCCUCCCACCUCCCUUGACGUACCGCUCAUCGGCAAGUACCUCUUGUUCACCAUGGUGCUGGUCACCUUUUCCAUCGUCACCACUGUGUGUGUCCUCAACGUGCACCACCGCUCACCCAGCACUCACACCAUGGCAUCCUGGGUCAAGGAAUGCUUCCUGCACAAGCUGCCCACCUUCCUCUUCAUGAAGCGCCCGGGCCUUAAAGUUACCCCAGCAGGGAUCCCGCAUCCCAGCCAGCUGCACAGGACCACAGCUGAUGCUGCAACCACCUCUGCCUUAGGCCCCGCCAGCCCACCCAAUGUCUACGGGCAUUCCAUGUACUUUGUGAACCCGGUCCUUGCCACACCCAAGUCUGCAGCCAGCCCCCACACAGCAGGCAACCCCAGGGGUGCCCGGCUGAGGUCCUCUGGGAGGUUCCGGCAGGACCUACAGGAAGCUGUAGAGGGUGUCACCUUCAUCGCCCAGCAUCUGAGGAGUGAUGACCAAGAUCAGAGUGUCAUCGAGGACUGGAAAUUCGUAGCGAUGGUCGUUGACCGCCUGUUCCUGUGGGUGUUUGUGUUUGUGUGCAUCCUGGGCACCGUGGGGCUCUUCCUGCCACCCCUCUUCCAGACCCACGCACCUUCCAAGGGCACCUAGGCUACCCAACAUGCCAAGGGCCCCUGGGUUACAGUGAGAUGCUAUGAGAAGCCCAGUGGGCAGUUUACUGCUUCCUCUAGGUCACAGCUAAUGAGGCCCUAAGUAAAGAUGUGACCACUGGCAGUCAACCCCAUCAACCAGCCACAGCCAUGAGAAGGACAAAGAUGGGUUGCUUGCACUGUUCCCUCUGAAUGCCUUUGGGUAAGUCCCUGAAGAAGAGGACUAGGCUGCCAAGUCCAGCCUGGCCUCCUUCCUUGCCUGUGCCAGGCACUGGAGGCAGACAGUCAUAGGAGCCCCGCCCGUGGUGCCGCGCGUGAUGCCAUCACAUCCUCUCCCCGCUCCAGCUGCCCACUGGAUCCCCUCACGCUUCCAGACUCUCCCAGCUCAGAGUCUCUGUCUGCUGUAGUUCCUGCCCAAAUCCUUAGACUCUUCUUUCCUAAGCUUUUCACAUGGCUGCACUAGUCAGGGCUACUCCCAUAAUCCUCGGCUCCCAUGUCAUUUCUUGUAGAAGCCUUCCCUAGCUGUGCAUUCCAAAGCAGUGUCUCCCCUAACUGAAUUAAACCUCCAAGCUCCUUGGGUGUCUCCCGUGGGUACCUAUAGUUGCUAGCUGGUGGCACACCAGUCACCUGUACCUUGUCUAUGAGAGUGUAUGCUCCACAAGGACCAGGGCUCGAGACAGAGCUCUGCACACAGAAGGGUGAAAAAUAAAUGUUUGUUGAAUGAAUGAAUGAAUGGCUCCUGCUUCAAGCUCACAUUCUCCCUCUGAGUAGCUCUCUUUGGUCCCCACCUCUAGAAAGAGUGGCCUUCUCUGGGACAUCACAGCUCUGGCUGUUUUGGACCUUUGCAUCAUGGUUGGUUCAGGCCUGUCUCUCUCUCUCACACACUCUCAUCCAAUCCUCUCACAGUGCUUGCCCCAUUGUUGGCACUCAAGAUAUUUCUGGAAUCAAGGAGAAUAUUUAAAAAUUUUAAAAAUAUUAUUUUAUGUAUAUGGAUGUUUUGUCUUUGUGUAUCUGUGUGUGCCAUGUGAAUGCCUAGUACUCCUGGGGGCCAGAAAAAGACACUGGAAUCCCUGGAACUGGACUUAAGACAGGAGCCACCAUGUGGGUGCUGGGAAUCAAACCUGGGUCCUCUGGAAGGGCAGCCAGUGCUCUUGACUGCUUAGUCUCUAGCCACUGAAGGAGAAUAUUUUAAAGAGUUUUGUUGAAAUUAUCAUACAAUAAAGCUGGCUUCUUUGUGAACAA